UAGGGUAAAUCGAGGUUAUAUUGUCAUAGAGGAGAGAUGGCCCAACUCGAUAUUUUCCUAAAUAGUUACUAGAGGGCGUUUUUUUCAAUAAGGCGUAAUGUACUGUUGUGUGAUCGUGCUAUACUAGAAACUCUGAGUCAAUUAACUAAGUUUAAAGAUGCCAAAUAUUUAUAAAAGAAAAUCAUUGGAGAGCGCCAAAUGGACCGAGGAGCAACUGAAAUCUGCAAUGAGUACUGUUAAAGAUGAGGGAUUAUCUGUACGUCAGGCUGGAAAAACUUACGGUAUUCCGAGAAAGACAUUGGAAAGGCGAAAGAAUGAAGACCAUAAGAAAAAAUUGGAUCCAGAUACUACUUUCGGAGCUGCACAUGAAAACAGACUGGUUCGGCAUAUUAAAGAAAUGCAAAAAGUGGAUCUCCACUUACUAGAGAUGAUUUGCGAACCAUAG